GUGUUAUCGCGAGAUUUCCACCGACAGGCUUCAAAGUACGACGUCCAUUAUUGUUGUUCCGCUUGUGGGUUUUUUUUUUGUUGAAUUCUAGACGUGAGAGGUGAAUGCUUACGUAAUUUAUAUAUCACCCUCAAUCAUACAGAGAUGUCAGAGGACUUGGUGAAACAGCUCGGCAGCUACAAAGCUCAGCUACAGCAGGUUGAGGUUGCCUUGUCCACCGACCAAGACAAUGAGGAUCUCCUCAAGCUCCAAAAAGACUUGCAGGAAGUCAUCGACUUGACCAAAGACCUCCUGGCCUCGCAGCCCGCGGAAGCUGCCCCCAGUGCCAAUGGCGCCACCCCGGCACCUGUCAGGCACAUCUGGAAAGUGGGAGACAAGUGUUUGUCCGUGUGGAGUCAGGACGGACAGGUGUAUGAGGCCGAGAUCGAGGAGAUAGACCACGAGAACAGCACGGCCGCCGUCACCUUCACUGGCUACGGCAACGCCGAAGUCAUCCCCCUGCAGAACCUCAAAGCCGUGGAGGACCGCAGGCGGCUUGAGGACGACCUCGGCUUGUCCAGGAACAAAUCCCGAAAGGAGCAGAUAGCCGAGCAACGAGAAUACAAAAAGAAGAAAGCCCAGAAGAAGGUGCUGAGGAUGAAGGAACUGGAGCAGGAGCGAGAGGACCAAAAGUCCAAGUGGCAACAGUUCAACAACAAAGCCUACUCUAAAAACAAGAAAGGACAGGUGAAGAGAAGCAUAUUUGCGUCUCCAGAAAGCGUCAACGGCAAAGUGGGAGUGGGCACGUGCGGCAUCGCCGACAAGCCCAUGACUCAGUACAACGACACGUCCAAAUACAAUGUCAGGCAUUUAAUGCCGCAGUGACACCCCCCCACUGCAUCUCCUGUAAAUACUCACCCCCGACUGUAUACUGGAAUAUAGCAGUGUUGUCCAUUUUGUGUGUGUACACAUGAUUGGAGAGAGAAAAGGAAAAAAACAAAAACGGCGUCGUCACUUGCACACCACUGAAUUAAAACAUUGAUGUAGUUUUCAUAAUAUCGUGCAGGUAGAUCAAAAGCUGUCCAAAUUACACAGGAAGCCACCCUGCUUUGUAAUCGGGUCACCUGUUCUGUACCAACAGGAAGUUAGCCGCUUGUGCCCUAAUUCCACACACAGGUCAAAUACACUUCACGCCGUGGAUCAAGCUCAACAUUUCGAAGAAUUGGUGAGGCUGUAUUUUUAUUUUUGGGUGUAAGAACAUCAAUAACAGUGUUGAUGGCCCAAAUUAGCUUUGGUUUUCCGCUUUUGAUUUCUGUAUUUAUAAAAGUCAAAUAAACAUCAGUUUGUUGAGUUUUAUAAACGACUGCCUGCUGUUCAUUGGAAAAACAACCUGCCGAGUUCAAACCAUCAUCGGUGUCCGCAAACGUCAGGUCGGUGAGCUUCUAAUUGGCGUUGAAAAAUAUGAACCAUAAAUACUUAUCACUUACAGAACCUUACCGUUUUGUCUCCUUACAUCUGCCAUUGAAUGUUGAGUAGCUUUGUUUUAGUUAUAUUAACCAGUGGUUAACUUGUUUAUACAUGACUCUUAAGAAUGCACUUUUUAGUUGGAUUAAUAGUGCAACCAAGGUUUACUUUAGUGCUCAAGGCUACAUUUGAUUUUUAAAACUGGCUUUGUUAAGUUAAAAAAUACAUUGAAAUAGUUCAAAUUAAAUAAUUCAUGUUCAUUUUUUUAUAUUUAAUGACAACCAAUUAAUAAAGUAAUCUAUUGUG